CCCGGGCCGGCGGCAUCGGCGGCGGUAGCAGCGGUGGAGGAAGUUUCCGCUUUGCGCUCCACCCCGGUAGCAGCUUAGCUGAGGGGACAACUUCCUCCCUACGCGCGGCGGGCUUAGCUGCCGCCCCACGUCACCCCCCGGGUCAUGGGGUUGCCCAAGGGUCCGGAGGGCCAGGGUCUUCCAGAGGUAGAAACUAGAGAAGAUGAAGAACAAAAUGUGAAGUUGACCGAAAUUUUGGAACUCUUAGUUGCAGCUGGGUAUUUCAGAGCAAGAAUUAAAGGCUUGUCACCUUUUGACAAGGUAGUAGGCGGAAUGACUUGGUGUAUCACUACUUGCAACUUUGAUGUAGACGUGGAUUUGCUCUUUCAGGAAAACUCUACAAUAGGUCAAAAAAUAGCUCUAUCAGAAAAGAUUGUCUCUGUCCUUCCAAGGAUGAAAUGUCCACACCAGCUGGAGCCCCACCAGAUCCAGGGAAUGGAUUUUAUUCACAUAUUUCCUGUUGUGCAGUGGCUAGUGAAACGAGCUAUAGAAACAAAAGAAGAAAUGGGUGACUACAUUCGCUCUUACUCCAUAUCACAGUUCCAGAAAACCUACAGUCUCCCUGAGGAUGAUGACUUCAUAAAGAGAAAAGACAAGGCCAUCAGGACAGUUGUUGAACUCUCCGAUGUUUACAAGCCACGUCGGAAAUACAAACGCCAACAGGGAGCAGAGGAGCUGCUCGAUGAAGAGUCUCGAAUCCAUGCUACACUUUUGGAAUAUGGCAGGGUAACUGAUCCACUGAUGAGAUAUGGAUUUAGCCGCCAGAGCAAAACAGAGAAGGCUGAGGACAAGAAAACAACACUUCCUGCAGGGCUGUCAGCUACAGAAAAGGCAGAUGCCCACGAGGAAGAGGAGCUUCAAGUGGCUGAAGAGCAGCGUAUUCAGUCACUGAUGACCAAGAUGACCGCCAUGGCAAAUGAGGAGAGUCGUCUCACUGCAAGCUCCGUGGGUCAGAUCGUGGGCCUCUGUUCCGCAGAGAUCAAGCAGAUUGUGUCUGAGUAUGCAGAGAAGCAGUCUGAGCUCUCAGCUGAAGAAAGUCCAGAAAAAUUAGGAACCUCCCAGCUACAUCGUCGGAAAGUUAUCUCCUUGAAUAAGCAGAUUCAGCAGAAGACCAAGCAUCUAGAAGAGCUUCAAUCAAGUCAUACCAACUUACAAGCCAGAUAUAAUGAAACAAAGAAAACCCUAACAGAGCUGAAAAGUCACAGUGAGAAACUAGACAAAGAGCAAGCAGCCCUUGAGAAGAUAGAAUCCAAAGCUGAUCCAAGUAUUCUGCAGAACUUGAGAGCACUUGUAGCCAUGAAUGAAAAUCUGAAAAGUCAAGAACAGGAGUUUAAAGCACAUUGCCGAGAAGAGAUGACGCGGCUUCAGCAGGAAAUCGAAAACCUGAAAGCUGAGAGAACACCAGGUGGAAGCGGAAAGAACCUCUCCAGUGGAGAGCCACAUGAAGCCCUGACUUCUGGGAUGACUCAUGAUGAAGACCUAGACAGACGAUAUAAUAUGGAAAAAGAGAAACUUUACAAGAUCCGUUUACUACAGGCUCGACGAAAUCGUGAAAUAGCAAUUUUGCAUCGCAAGAUUGAUGAAGUGCCCAGCCGAGCUGAGCUAAUACAGUAUCAGAAGAGAUUUAUUGAACUCUACCGCCAAAUUUCAGCAGUGCACAAAGAAACCAAGCAGUUCUUCACUUUAUAUAAUACCCUGGAUGAUAAAAAGGUUUAUUUGGAAAAGGAGAUUAGCCUGCUGAACUCAAUUCAUGAGAACUUCUCCCAAGCCAUGGCCUUUCCUGCUGCCCGGGACCAGUUUUUACGUCAGAUGGAACAGAUUGUAGAAGGAAUUAAGCAAAGUAGAAUGAAGAUGGAAAAGAAGAAACAAGAGAACAAAAUGAGAAGAGACCAGUUGAAUGACCAGUACUUGGAGCUGUUAGAAAAGCAGAGGCUGUACUUUAAGACUGUGAAAGAGUUCAAAGAGGAGGGCCGCAAGAACGAGAUGCUGCUGUCCAAGAUGAAAGCCAAGGCCUCCUGAACAUUCCCAGCCAUUUUUGUAUGUCACUGAUUGAUUUUUAAUGCUACAUCUAUCCACUACAAGAUCAUGAAAUGGUUCUGAAAGCAACAGUAGAGAGAUGCAGGUGUAUUGAUUUCAACUCCCUGGAUGUUUUCUUUCUCCUAUCUGCUUCCAUUUCAUCUCUGUUGGCUGUUGUUGAUGGAAUCAGACAGUGUAAGCAUUAGCUUGGAUAUGACCCAUCACCUAUGAAGAAAUUGGGCUGUCUAUGUUCUCUGUCCAUUCAACUUAUUUCUCUAGUAACAUUGCACUUAUGAAGGUACCUGUAUUUGUCUGGACUCUCUGAAUAAAGAAGAAUUCUUUCAUUCAGCAAAUAUUAAUUAAAUGACUACUGAGAAAUAAACACUGAGGGAGAUUCAGCAAAGUAUAAAACCCAGUCUCUUUCCCCUACUACCAGGCAUCCAGCAAGUGGCCCAGGGAGCAGAUAUAGCUCACAGGACCCUGGAUCGUGGCUCAUCUGAGAUUUAUUUCAAUAAACAGGCUGCUGGAUGAAUGAUCAGCCCAUGUGAGUGUUCGUCACUUGGGCCUUUCACCUGCAUGGUGCCUUGUUCCUGGGUUCUCAAGAUAUCAGUACCAGCCAGAAGGCUUGGAUGAUAUACUUAGCAACUGGAUUGAAAGCUCAAUGUUGUGGGUUUAAUUCUUAUGUACUUAAGAUCAUGUCAAAAAAAAUUGACAAUGGGCCUCAUAUUGAGGAUGAUUCAAUAAGAAUUACACCUUUCCAUGUCCUGAUUUUCAUUCGAGCCACGGGCAACACAAGAAUGGGCUUUUUCAUCCCCCUCAUCUUAUCUUUCUACACUGUGGCCAAAGCAAGGAGACUACACUGCAGUGCUGUUGGGGCAGGCCGAGGAAAAGACCACGAGCAGGUACCAUUGGGAAGGGAAGAGCAGGAGGCUGUGCAGAAAGGCAGGGAGACAGCAUCUGGAGGAGGAGGAGGCAGCAUCUGGGCUAGAUCUGAAGGCAGGGGGAUAUGAUGUUAGAAUGCUGGGCAAAGAUAGGAAUGUGGUUCCAAAUGCAGGUGCACUAUGAUUAAAAUCUCAGAAGGGUGUGGGAAAGGGUAUGAGCCAGUCUCUGCCGGAGGCUUUAAAGAACAGCUGGAGAGAUGGGCUGGGAACAGACUUUGGAGGAUGGUGGAGGGCAGCUAAGAGGUUGGCUUUCUUUGGGAAGUGAGCAGUCAAGCUCCUGCCCUGUCUCUCCAGUCUGAUGACUAGUCAGGGUCAGGAAACCUCAGUGUGAGGUUUAUAUUCCUUUCUUCAUGAACCUUGCACAUGUACACUGUUCAGUAGGUUUGGACCAUAAAACAUAAAAGCUUGAACAUGUCAGGCAAGUGGGGGAUUCAGCACAGUCACAGAAACACUGUGCUCAUUUUUAGUUCACUAAUGGAUGUGAUUAUACAGGUCUAAGUAUACAGGCUUUAAAAAAAAAAAAAAUCUCUCUGGCUUAACACCACCAUCAGUGUCUGUGCUGGUGCCAGCCAGACAGCAAAGCCUUCCAGAUGAGCUGAGUGAGAACAGCAGCAUCUGCACUGGCACUUCUCUGUGUCAGGCACUUCCUGGCUGUGUGCAUCUCUACCUCCGCUGGUCCUGGAGUGGUGUUUAUGUGGGGUUUUAAAAGGGCUCAGUUUAGUUGAAGCAGGUAAUUGUAAAACAACAGGUGGGACUUUAAAGAAAGGAGGAGACAGCAGUUUGAUUAUGUUUGAAAAUUGUUUCAAGUCCAGCGAAACCUUGUCAACAAGCUUGUAGGCCCCCACCUCUGCCCCUGUUUUCUGAACUUUGUGAGCAGUAGGAGAUGAUGUGAUUAUUUGUAUUGGGGAGGCAAGGGCAGGUGAUGUUUGAAGGUAGUGGAAUUCACCUGUCUGUGUUGGUUGGAAAGUAUGGUGUAAGUGAUUCAAAGUAACCAAUAAGCCUUAAAUGGAGACCUGUUUUUUAUUUAAGCUGUGUUUCUCAGGAGUUUUGUUUGGUUUUAGUAUAGCAAGGCAUUGGUAGAUGUUCUUUUUCUUUUUUUAAACCACAAGGCCUAAUACAAAUGAUAAAUUAGUCUCCAUUGCUUAAACACUUUGGAUUAGACACAGAAGGCAAUCUGGAGACUUCUUUGUUUUCUACAGACAACCUGCAUCAGGGACAGCAGCAUUGUGAGUAAUUAGGACAUUAGCUACAUGGUGCAGUCAGGCUUUCUAGGCUCAGGAAAUGCCCUGAGGUCCUCAUCACUUCAGAAACCACUUGGAGAUGACAGCAAGGUCCUCCCAGAGCCAUGUCUUUCCCUGUGCCCAGAUAUACAUAGAACAAUGUUGUGUUUUGCACAACCUGCAGACUUUUCCAGAAUUAUAAGCAAGAGUAGAAACAACCUUAAGUUACUUUUUAUAAAAUGCAUUCUUCCGGAGGAACCAGGUUUCCCCAGGAAGUAAGCAGUUUUCCCUGCUCAGAGCAGUGAGCUUGCUCUUGGAGCUGGCUGCCCAGAGCUGGUUGUCAAGCCUCUAGGUCAGGGACUCCCCUCACUCUUACAUGCUUCUCAUGAGUACAUGAGGCUGGUUUAAACAAAACUCAGCUGCUACUAGCAGAGUGGGAAUAGAUGCUCAUGAGGCGAUACCGGGGACAUUUUGUUUUUGUCCUUGGGCUGUGUUCAGUGUCUGGGGAUAACAGGUGAGCUGACACCACUAGAGGGAGGUGCAGUAUGUUAGAGAACACUUGUCAAGUCACACAAGAGGGUAUGUAUUCUUUUAAUGGAGAGCACAAUCAAAGUUUUUUAGCCUUAAGCUUUUGUUAGAGCCUAACAUUCAUGUUUUAACUGGUUCUGGUUCAUAGUCCCUGUUUUGAGAAAAGCUGGGCCUUGCCACCUCACCAGACUGAAGAAACACUGCCUCAUGAUACUGAAACCCUUGGGACCUCCUAAAAACCUUGAGCAGAGGCUGGGGAAGGCUUUCAGGAAGCCUUCUCACUACCUCGCAAGACACUAUAGCCUUGUGGUUAUAUUGACAAGCUCUGAUCAUAUCUGUGGUGAGCAGAGUAGACCUGUCUGAAAGGGCACUUGGAACAGUCAGCUGUGGUCUGUGCUGCAUGGAUUUCUGCUGCCUCAAUGUGGUCUUAUAUUGCCGACUCUGCAGGUUACAGAUGGUCAGUUUAAGAGGGAAUUAGGCAUUCUAGCAAUAACUUUUAACAGUUUGAGCCUGAGUCCUUUGUGGGAAACACAGGUAGUUGGCUUGCAGCAUGCUUUGAGGAAGAACACUUUAAGGAGGUGCUCUAUGGCUUCCUUGUGGCCCAUGUUGGCCAUGAGGUAGAACAUCUUAAUACAGAACAGUACACUAAAGAUCCCAGUGAGAUGGGUGCCUUUAUCUGUCCCUGUGGCUGGGCAUUGCCAGGGAAGUGCCUUGUUUGAUGCAUCUUCAGAAUCCUCCAUGCAGUCUCCUGGUCUUUCAUACUCAGUUUAGAACAUACUUUUUUAUAUCACAUGGAAACAGGCUGAAAUGUUACAUGAAAAGUAAUUUAUAGAAGUCUCCUCUCUUCUCAUAAUAAAUAUAUUGUGUAAGAUCCUUGGGGGGAUUUAGUACCUGGUCUUCAGCAUAGUUAACAACCCAGGGAAUACUCUUGUUCUUCCACGUCAGCAUGUCUCAAUUCCUCAGAUGGACCAAGUUCAUGCCCUUAAAAUGGCUGUUACUCUGCUGUUUCCUCUACAUAGAGCUCUGUCCCCUCCAAGAUCUUGGGCUGUGGUUUUCCAUGACCACCUAAUACACAUACAAACCCAUUUAAUUUUGGUCUCUGGCCCUGAUCAUAUUCUGUCCGUCCCUUGCUAUCUGUCUUGAUGGCACAUGUUACUGUUUGAAUGUCAGUUAGUCCUUUGUGAGUUCUGUUGCCCACCCUACAUUCUGGAAUGUUAGGGCAAUAAAAACAGGGACCUUGUCUGUCUUUCUGUGGUCUCUCUGGCAUCUGGCUCAAAGCCAGGAAAUACUAGGAUAAAUGUGCCUCUCCAAAUUAGAGCUUUGCAUCCCUGUAUUAACAAAAUUUAGACUUAACCUUUCCUCUAAUUUAUGCUUAGUUUGAAACAGGCCAACAGUUCUAUUCAUCAGCCUAGGACGACUGUGUUCUCUCUAACCUGGAAAGUUGGAAUGAAAAAAGGUGUCAGUUUUCAAACUUUCAGAGGGUCUUUUAGAGAUAUAUUUUUUUCUCCCAGAAUAGGCAAGGAAAAGAGAAAGGGUACACACUAAUGUCAUCUAAGAUCGUGAGUAUGUUUUUGCUCCAAAAAGUUCAUGAAAUCUAAAGGUCAGUUGGUAGAAAAUGUCUCAGCCACGUGAAAGCCAGAAAUGGGAAGAUGCUGCCAGGUUAUGGGAAGCAACAUUCAGAUGCAGCAUUGGCAGAAGUAUGAAUUAUACAGCCUUCUGGAGGACUGUUGGACAAUACCUGUCACAAGUGCAAAUGCACAGCCUUUCGAACCAGUAGUGCUACACCUAAGAAUGUUUCCUUUGACAAGGAUUUUUAUUAAAGCAUUGUUUGUGAUAGCAGAAGUUGGAAACUGUCAAUCAAUAUAUAGCAAUGGUGAAAUAAGUUAUGGCCAGUUCCUAUAGUGGGGCAGAAAUUUAAAAGAGCAGAGCUGCUGUAUGUGUUCUGCCAUGGAAUGAUGCAUGGUUAAAUGGGGGGGAAAAGGCACAUUGUAUACUAGUAUUUGGAAUGGAAAAAAAAAUGUGUUUAUAGAUUGUGUGUGUGUGUGAGCACAUACACUUCAUGUCUAUGACACGUGUCUGCUUACAUAUGCAUAUAAUAUCUCUGGAAAGUUAUACAGCAACCUGGCAGUCUCGGUUGCCCCUGGGAAGAGGGGUGGGAAUAACUUCACUGUAUAACUUUUGUACCUUUUGAAUUUUGUACCAUGUACAUGUAUUA